GAGCGAAGCAACCACGAUUCACCAGCCAGCAAUUUCUUCUCUUCCAUCACAUAGCACCUGCACUUCCAUCACAGCAUCGUCCUCCUCGUGACACCUAAGCCACACACCUGAGUUCUACGAAGCAGCAAACACUCACUUGCACGACGCUCGUUUGUGGAAACACUUGGCCGACAGCAGGAGAGCGCAUUUAUCAGCAUCCGAACGACCGCACACCGUUAGAUUUCCGCACACCCGGUUGUAACCUUACACGCAAUCCUCAACGCUACGACGUCACACACUCAGCUGCGGAGGCUGCACCAGAUACAACCAUCUGCGAUACUUCCACACACCUUGCCGACUAGCACCGCCCUUGCCACCAGCAAAAUGUUCCCCGGAGACUCCAUGCCGGCGAUCUACUUCGAGGAGCGCAGCGCCGACCAGAAGCUCAAGUUCGAAAGGCAACAACAAGAGGCCAUGCAGAAGGCACAACGGCACCUGCAGGCUCCGCAACCACAAAAGCCGGCGCCGCAGAACCUCACCCAAGCUAUUCUUCAACGCCCGCCGCUCUCGCGCCCCGUCUCCACUGGUGUCUUCGGCAACAUCUUCCAAGGUUUCGUCAAAGUCGCGUCCCCGAUCUCAUCGCCCGCGCACUCACCCUGCGCCACUCCAAUGCCGGGUCAGGCUAAGGAGUUGCAGGCCGUCAACAUUAGCAAGGAGAUGGAGAAGUUGAUUGCGGAGCAGAAGCGUGAUGCCGAUAUUUGCGCGAUGCCGACUUGGUAAUAUGCUGACGCCCUUGAGGUGGCGUAUGCUUCUUUGAGCGCCCCAACACCGGCAGGAGGACACUAUUGCUUUUAUUUCAUGACUUGACGACCUCACGACUAGCGUGUACCAUUACCCUAAUAUCGACUAUUCAAGCGUGGUGUUACUUCCAGGUGCGAGUGGUUCCUUUAGCGACGGAAGGGCACGGUAUACCCACGGGAUCAGCAGCGAAUUACGGAUCGUGCAUGCUGUACUUCUUAUACGAUAUGCGCCGGCUCACAUUAUGCACGCAUAGUGUUGGUAGCUGCGCGAAUUGGCCCGGACGGCGUUUCAGCGGCAGUAAUAGCGUUCAGCGACGGGCUUAUCUUUCGUCAGCGACCGUCCUUCUCUUCCGCUAUCUCAAACUCCCCUUUGCCCUUGUGCUUCG